AGUGAUGAGGGAUGACAAUAAAACAAGGCUGUUCACAUUUUGUUUAUGUAGAUGCUUUUUCCUUUUUCUUUAACAUUUGUCAGGUGGAUAUAACCGGUGGAAUAUCUUGUUGUUUCUUUCUUUUUAGUUCUCUUUCUCUUUUAAAAUGUCUUUUUUAUUCGCAACUGGAUUUUAGAGCGGAGAAACAUCACUUUACAGGGAUGGAUCCAGCUGGAGAGCUUUUACGCGGCGCAUUUCUCGGAGCGUCUCCUCAGAUACAGAAAAAUUAAGCGGUCUCUGAUCUGAGGAGUGAACAAUGAAGUACGGACUGGUUGUGCUCUCGGCUGGCUUUACUGGUUUACUCAGCUUCACAUUCCUUGCUGUGGCCAUCGGAACUGAUUACUGGUACAUUAUCGAUGUAAAUAAGCCCAACCACACGGGGCCAAAUGACCUGAGUUCACACUCUGGAUUGUGGAGAAUCAUUGAAGGUGCAAAUAGGAGUUCAGUCAUCCCCUCGUUUACAGCAAAUAUGUCCAGCCUGUCAGAGACUGAAAGGCACCUUCUCGGCUUGCACAAGGUAGUGGUCAUCUUGCUGCCUCUCAGCCUGGUGCUGCUGGUGUUCGGAUGGAUCUUGGGACUGGUCAGCUCAUUGGCCUGCAGUCCUAGGCUGCUGGCUGCAUCGGCUUCCUAUGUUUUCCUCUGCAGUAUUUUCACGCUGUCAGGGGUCAGUAUCUACAUCAAGUACUCUAAUCAGGCCAUGGAGGAGUUCCAAAGGAUUGUUCCCCCUGAAAAUCUCGUCUUUGUGCACGUCUCCUUUGGCUGGUCGUUAGCCUUGGCAUGGCUCUCCUACAGCCUGGAGGUAGCAACAGGUCUGCUGCUGUUGCUAGCUGCCAGAAUAACUCAAAUAAAAGGGCAUUAUGAUUCUGGUGUUGCUAUAGCUAUGUUGUAGUGAACUAUAUACUCAUAUUUUUUAGGGCAGUUUUUUGGCUAUAGUUGUUUUGUUUCUUAAUAGCUUGCCAGCUUGGAAGAGACCAACAUUUUAAUAGCCAAAAACCACAGAAUAUACUGAAGGUAACUUUCAUAGACACACACACACACACACAGAAGCUGACAUUAAAUCACAUUACUGAACUGCUUUCAUCUUUUCAAAACUAAAUUGUGUCUAUACUGACUCUGCUUAACAUUGUUGUUGUGUAUAUAAAAACAAGAAGAAGUUCACCAAGUGAACUGAUGGAUAUUUGUUCUUGAAUGUAUUUAUGUUGUAGCUUUCCGCCUGGUUGCCACUUAAAUGAGUGUUGUUUUUUUCUUAAGAGUUAUAUAAGUUUCAGGAGGUCAACCAGGUCAAGAGUCAAAACCAGAAGAUGUAGUGCAAGCUGGCUCUAGCAGAUGCACAAAAAAGUUGACAUUAAAUUACUUUUCUUGGCCACUUGUAUUUUCCUUCUGUCAACUGACUUUGCCUAAAGUAAUGUUUUGAAUGGCUGUGUAAAAUAGAAAAGACAACCUAGCCAUGCUAAUUAUUGCAGAGUAGCAUUAUUUCCCCCCGUUUGUUCAAAUCUUCCACUCCUUGAAAGAUUCAUUGCUGUUCCAUAUUUUCUCCCAUUGUGGAUAAUCAGCUUCACUGUAGUUUAAUGGAGCCCCAAAGCCUUAGAAACGGCUUCGUAACCCUUUAAGAUGCUCUGAGUUUUAAGAUGCCUAUUUGCCCAUUUUACCUUGAUUCUGAAACUGUGACACUAACAAGAUGUAGAAAAUAAAAUAAUAAUAAUAAUUUUAAAAAAUAAGCCAGCAUGGAAAAUAGCAAUGAAUUAAUAACUUAACAAAUGUAACAACUACUUUCUCACAUUGGGCAGUGAUGGCAUGAAUAGUUUUUUUCCCCCUUAAUUAAUGAAAACAUUAUUUGAAGACAGCUUUUUGUAUUUCCUUCGGUCAUUUUUGUCUGAUAAAACAAAAUUGUUUUACAAUCUCCAACAUCUAAGUGCAAAAAGUAGAAACAGAAGUAUGCAAGGGAAUUACACUUGUUUGCCUGCAGUGUAAAUAUGUUUUCUCUUUAUGAAUUGCUGUCUUUCUUUAAGUUUGAGCCCUGUGAUAUGAAAGUAGGCUGAGCAGUUUGGCUGAAUGACUUUUUUUUUUCUAUUUUGAUGUAUGCAGGCUGUUAGCCAUGAAGAGGGGGGUGUUUCCUCUACCAUGUUUUCCUGUUUAUAUAUAUGGACUGCAGUGGUGCUGUAGUGUAUUUUAUUGGAGCGAAAACAUUGCUGACUCUGCUGGAGUAAACCAUCACCUAGAACAUGAGACCCUUACUGGAUGUGAAGUUAUAUCCUCGCAGAUGUUUGCUAAUAGAACAACUGCGAAAUUGCUUUUACAUGUACUAUCAGAAGCUUGGACAUCACAUUUGAAACGUCUUCUAUAAUGUUGAAAGGAUUCACUGUUGAAGCUGAUAAGCAUAGUUACGCCUUGCCAUUAAAAACCUAUACGGCUUGGCUACCAGUAGAUGAAAUACAUUUGAAAAUAAAGCAGAGGAUGCAACAAGUAUUCUGAUGAAGAUGCUUUUUUUAGUGUAACAAAAUGUAUGCAUGUGCUAUAUGCCUGUCAGUUGUCCAGUAGGCAAAUGUUAUUCCUCCUAGCAAUAAAAACUAGCAAGUAAAAAAAAGAGUGCUGCUAACUUUACAACACUCAGCACGAACUGUGUAAUAUUUGUGCUCUUGUAUAAAUCUCAACCAUUUUGUGAGUUUUAGUAAAUAAAUCAUUUGAAAUAUCAUUCCAUCUGUUGAGUACAAAAGAGUGCCAUCAUAUGUGACUCUUUCAGAUGAUCUGAAGCUCCCUGUUAUUGUCUGAUUUAUGCACUUUAUGAUUGUUCUGCAUACUGGUUACAAUGAGCUGUUCUUACGCAACGUUGAUUACAUUCACGUGUCUGUUUUGUUUUGGAUAUAUUGAAUGUCUGAAUGUUAGCCUGUGAAUGUAAAUGAAGCACACUGGGAGUCUGGAAGCAAAGAUAUUGCUGUGUGUGAAGAAUUGCUGCUGCCAGCCCAGGGAGAAUUUGGUGAUGUGUUAUUAGUAUCUUUCAGCACUGUUGUCUGUAAGCUCUAUUAAUAAAACCCAU